AUGAACGGGCGUCCUUCAGUCUUCACCUCUCAGGUUAGCACGAUGCCCUCCAUUGACUCACCGCCCCUCCACCGGGCACACAAACUGACCAUGCCCUUCAACCCCCAACAGACCACUUGUGGAAGGCUGCUAGCCCCUAGAGUGUCUUUCCAAACAACCAGCAAACCAACUCUACACAUCACCUCUUCCUGA